UGAAGAAAAAAAUUACGAAGUGAGACUCUUCGACUGCCUCGAGGGGGGUUUUGAACAGUUGUAUGGAGUUUGGAAUCUGGAGCCUGAGAGUUGUGCCUCGCUAAUUUACGUUAAAGUUUUGGCCUGCAGAGAAGUUGAGGCGGCACUGACCAGGCCACCUAGAAUUCUGUCAGCCUCUCACAAUCGCUCUCGCUGCGCCGCUCCUUCGGCGCCUCCGGAAGUCACCCUUUCCAUAGGCGGUUGGAGGUGGUUCUCGAGCUGACUUGCCUGCGGUGGCGUCGUUGGGCCUGACCUCGGUGGGCCUGACCUCGGUUUUGCCCGUGGGCGUUUUGUGGAACGUGGGCGCCAUGUUCCUUCCCGCGGUGUGCGGCCGCGGGGGGACAUUAUCAUGUUUUGGAAAAGCUGAGGAUUUACUACCUUUCAGGACGUUUGUUUAAAAAAAAGGACGCCUCCGAGAUUGGGAAUUGGGAGCAAAUGGAGUCAGACUGGACUGAAACGCAAGACUCUAACCUUGGGGAAUUGAAAGGGCCGCCUAAUGGCUUCUGCAGGCCUGAGGUCUGGGGGGUUACCGUCCCUCUGCUCUCCCCCCUCCCCCCCGCCCCUUGGGCAAGGGCCUCGUUUCCGCGGUGCUGCCGAGGUCCCUGCUUCCAGUGCCCAACCUUUCUGGGCUUCAUAUUAUACCCAUCUCAGUACUGUUUGAGUUAAGAGUUAUAAGGAGGACCUGUUUAGUGAGCGCCUAGUCUAUGUCAGCCAGUUUGCUGAGGGUUUCACAUAUUGUCAUAUAUAAAAGCUUUUCAACGUCUGAGCUAGUUAUUACACACGUUUUAUUGGUGAGUGCUCCUAGGGGAAUGUAAGUGGCAGAACCGACCAAAUCCAGGCCUACCAGACUCCCAAGCAAUUAUACUUUACUCCCCCAAUAACUUGUGUCUUAGUUUUUUAUUAUAAAAAAUGUGAAACAUUACCCCAAACAGUGUAAUGAACCAUCAUAUACCCACCCAAAUUUUGUUCUUUUAACCAAAUCACAAGCCUAUAGCAGUCCAUGGGUUAUAAAUAAUCUAUAAAAGAAGUCUCACUGUACAUUGCAUUAACUGCUCUCAUUGUAAUAACUAGCUCAGAUGUGGAAAGGCUUUUAUAUAUGACACUUGGCACUACCCAAUGACUGCCUCUUGACGAUUCUUUCCUUGCCUUUUAUUAUUUGAGAACUUAAUUCCCCCCCAGAGACUAUAAAGUGCUUUACAAACAUGACUAUUAAUUAUAGCGAAUGUUUACUUUGGACUUAGAAUGUGCAGGCCUUCACUAAGGGCUUUAUCUGCAUUAGCUCUUUUAAUCCUAUAAGAUUAAUGAUUUGCUCAAUUUACAGAUAAAAAACAGGCAUAAAGAUUAACAAAAUUGUCAAAGAUCUGUAAGUAACAGAAAUAAGAGUUUGGACCCACUCUGACACCACUGUCCACUCUUUUUAAGCACUAGAUUAUGUGGCCUCUUACCUGUAGUAAUAAACAGUGAGUGAAUGAAUUAAUGUGUCAGCAAACUUUGGGGGGGCAUAAUAUUGUUUCCCCAAUAAGAGAAAGCCUCCCAUCCACCAUGCUCCAGCACCCAGUUCACACCUGUUCUAAAGCACUUACCAGCUUGUACUGCAAUAAUUUGUUUAGAUACCUAGUUUUCCUUAGACUGUCUUACUCAUUUUUAUGUUCCCAGGGCUUAGCCAGUUCCUGACAAGCAGAUGGAACUCAAAAAUAGUUUGCUAAGUGAAUGGAUGAAAGACUCAAAUCCGAUUCUUCAAUACUGCACAACCCAGCAAAUAGCCAGCUCAGAUGUGGGUUGAAACAGCACAAGCUUCUACUGGAGGGCUCAGCUCUCCUUAUAACUCCUCAGAGACCCUAGAUAUGCCACGAUGUAUUGUGGAGUGGCUGCGUUUAGAAGAGGGGGAGGAAAGCCCAAACACUGUUAGUAAUCCAGGCUUGGGGUGGAAAACAAGGUUGAAGUUACUCAUUAGCAGGUGAAAGGGUCAAGGGUCGAGGCAAGGGGGCUGGAAGCAUAGUGGACUGAGCAGCCAGUGGGGGAGAACAGUUAAGGCACCAGCCACUCCACGCAGAGCACCAGUUCCCUCUUGCCUGAAGAUGUUCCACCAGAUUUGGGCAGCUCUACUCUACCUCUAUGGCAUUCUCCUUAACUCCAUCUACCAGUGCCCUGAGCACAGUCAACUGACAACUGGAGGAGUGGAUGGGAAAGAGUUCCCAGAACCCCACCUGGGCCAGUGGUACUUUAUCGCAGGGGCAGCUCCAACCAAGGAGGAGUUGGCGACUUUUGACCCUGUGGACAACAUUGUCUUCAACAUGUCUGCAGGCUCUGUUCCCAUGCAGCUCCAGCUUCGAGCUACCAUCCGCACGAAAAAUGGGCUCUGUGUGCCCCGGAAAUGGAUCUACCGCCUGUCUGAGGGAAACACAGAUCUCAGAACAGAAGGCCGCCCUGACAUGAAGACCAAGCUCUUCUCUAGCACAUGCCCAGGUGGAAUCAUGCUGAAAGAGACAGGCCAGGGUUACCAGCGCUUCCUCCUCUACAAUCGCUCACCACACCCUCCUGAGAAGUGUUUGGAGGAGUUCCAGUCCCUGACCUCCUGCCUGGACUUUAAGGCCUUCUUACUGACUCCCAGGAAUCAAGGUGAGGGGGUAAAGUCUCACAGACAACUAGGACUCACCACGUCUUCUGCAAGUGUUGGGUGAAAGGGACUCAAAUGAUGUCACUAGAGGGCAUGGCCAAAGGCUGACAUCAUCAGACUGGCUGUGCUGACACCUCCAUUUGUGUCAAAGACUGUGAUGGCACCAGAGGGAGCCAGGAUGGGGUUGGGGCUACUCAGAAGUUUCUGAGUUUGCAGUGGAUAAAGGGGGCAGAGAGUCAGUUGGGGACAGAUGUCUGCAGGGAAAAGGUCUCAGAGACCCUUCUCUGACAUGAGGAAAUGAGGGAUUAUGUUCUUCCUCAUCCCAUUACCACAGUCUUGUUCUCUCCCUGGGUCUCCUUCCUUUCCAUCCUCUCCUUUUCUCCCUCCUCC